GAUCAAAACGCGUCAGAGCAAUAAAGAAAAUAUAAUACCAGAAUAAAAUGUUCGGCAAAGUGUGCGCCGUUUUGGUGUUGGUGGCUUUUGUGGGAGCCACUCCUACCGGAAACUUCUGGAAGGGUACGUUUUUGGACUCUACCGUUGAGGAAAUGAGGUCGCUUUGUGACAACGACGAUGCGCUUGCUUGCAUCAAAUUUAAAGCAAUGACAUUCAUCGAUAAUUUGUUCAAUAAGGAUAGUUUUAAGUUCACUGAUGAUGUGGAAGUUACACGUAACGCCCGCUCUAAUGAAAUCAACAGCGCUCGCAGCUCCGUCUCCACCUGGGAGGAACGCAUUGAGAACUACAUCCAGACUCACGAUGUCACCUUCAAACUUCCUUUGGUUGACUCCAAAGUAACACUGGGUGCCCGCAACCUUGAUCAAGAUGAAGUUGAUCUAAAAGUUAACUUUGGUGGUGAAGUUCAAGCCCGUAAAUCCAAGUUGAAGAAGAUCUUCAUUCCCAUCCUUGUAUUUGUCUUGUUGAAAGCAAUUACCUUGAUUCCUCUGGCUAUCGGUGUGCUUAGUUUGAAGGCAUGGAACGCCCUUCAGCUUAGUUUCUUCUCGUUUGUUGUAUCUGUCUCUCUAGCUGUCUUCCAGUUGUGCAAAAAGAUUGCUGUUGAUAACAGCCAUCCACAGAUUGCAGCCCACUCACCGUGGGAGGGUCAUUAUGCUGCCCGUGCUUUUGAUGAAGCUGCACAACAGAUGGCUUAUUCCGCUUAUUCUCAAUAA